AAUGCAAAACUCGACUCCACGCGUCGCCCUUCUUCUCCGGAGAGAUCGUUUAAAUAGCCCCGUACCAAAUCCAAUUCGUCUCUCCUCACCGGAGAACAGAAACGAUACGGUUAAUAGAUAGCGAAGAAGGGCAGCACCACCAGUAGCAGCAGCCAUGCCCGCUCGCGCUCGAUGGCGACUCCUCGCGCUGCCGCUCGCGCUCUUACUCGUUGCCGGGUCGGCGCAUGGCCUCGUGAAGCCGGAGGCAGCCGCGGCGCCCAAGCCCCCCGUCCCCAAGGCCAUAUCGGACCUGAGGGACGCGAUCGUGAAGGGGCUGGGAUUCCAGGCCGAGGGGCUCAAGGUGUCCGGGUUCGACGUGCGAGACGCGCUCGUGGGGCACGCGGUGGCGUACGAGUUCGACAUCGAGGUCGGCAGGAAGGUCCUACCGGUGCGCCUGCUGGAGGACGUCAGCCGGUGGGACUUCGUCGACCUCCCCAUCUUCCGUUCCCAGGCCGACGCUGACGAUACGGCGCUCGCCGAGAUCCGGCGGACCGGGACGGGGAGCAUCGUUGAGCCUACCCUGCCGCCCUUCCAGCUCGCCGGGCCCAUGGAGCUCUGGAUCCAGAACGGCGACGACGUCAGGCUUGCCUUGCCGCAUGAUGUGGACGCUGGUACCUUGAAGAAGGUUGUUCUUUCUGAUGGUGCAGUCGUAACAGUGAAGGGUGCUAGAGCUGUGAGCCUCCGGUUGCCGCUUGAAUUACCACUUCCUCUCAACCGUACCACUUACAAGGGUCGCCUCUCAAGCCUGAUAUCCAUCGCACAAGCCCUGCGUGGUGCAGCCCGGUCUAAUCAGAAACCCCUGCUCUCUCUUCGCGUUGAGGGUCCAGUUUCCUUGUCCUCGACUCCUUCCAUGUCUCCCAAGGACAAGCUCAAGCUCAAACGGUUGGCCCCAGGCCAAGUGGAGCUCUCCUCACAGGCGGGGGCAAUCCCUGCUAUCACCGAAGACGAGGAUGAACCACAUAACCCUGGAUUGUGGCCUCUUUUGUCUCUGAAUGGUUCAGAUGGCAGCCUGCAGGGGUUUGAGGAGCUAUUGGCCUCAGUACUUGGAAAGAAGGCAGGCGAGAAGGGUACCUUCAAGCUACUGAAGGCACGGGCCUCGGCUCAAACCUAUGUCAAGAUGGCAUUCACGGUGGAGAAGAAGCUUGCUGAAGGGGAUGUGAACUGGUCAAAUAUUCCAGAAUGGAAGACGAAGCCCAAGAGGAUGAGAGCGCACUAUGAAGUCCUUGCUCGAGUGGAGGAGGGUCAGGCGAUCCCUGAGAGGAUAGCGCAGGUACAGCCUUUCCAGGCCAACGAGGCCAUGUCGGAGAGUGUGCUCACCGGCAACGUCACGAGGUCGAAGAUGGAAAUCGUCCAUCCACCGCCGGUUUACUUCACUCUCUGAGUGAGGGAAGAACUGGAUGCUGUUUGAUGUUCUCUUCAGAGCUACUACACGUUGGGUGGUGGGUAGUUUACGCUGGCUCGUAGGCAACAAAGUUGUACAAGCGGCAAGAGUUUGUUGCCUAUACACUGACUGCGUUGACAUGAAUAUUGACGUUCUAUGUGUACUGAAAGGCUGGCAAGCCUUUAAUAUUAUCAAUUGGAAUAAUGAGGAAU